UCCGCCUUGAAGACCAUCCCCAUUACCUGGCCAUUUGCCGUAUGGGGCUUGGACAUGGUGGGCCCGUUCAAAACAGCCCGAGGCGGCAUGACCCACCUCUUGGUGAUGAUUGACAAAUUCACCAAGUGGAUUGAAGCCAAGCCGAUCAAGAAGCUGGACGGCUCCACAGCUGUCACAUUCCUCAAGGAGAUAAUUGUGAGGUACGGCUACCCCCACAGCAUCAUCACCGACAACGGCAGCAACUUCGCCGAAGGCAUAUUCAAGCGCUACUGUGGGGAGAUGGGGAUCCGGAUGGACCUAUCAUCAGUGGCGCACCCAGAAACCAACGGCCAAGUGGAGAAGGCAAACGGCUUGAUCCUAGCCGGCAUCCGGCCCCGGCUGGUAGAGCCGCUCGAGCGCUCAGCCGGCUGCUGGAUAGAAGAGCUGCCCUCCGUGCUUUGGAGUCUGCGCACCACGCCAAACCGCUCCGUCGGCUUCACGCCAUUCUUCCUCGUAUACGGGGCCGAAGCCGUCCUGCCGACCGAUAUCGAGCACGACGCGCCAAGGAUCAAGCUCUACACGGAAGCUGAAGCCAAAGAAGCUCGUGAAGAUGGAGUCGACCUGGUCGAAGAGGCCCGGCUGCUGGCUCAGUCCAGAUCAGCCAUAUACCAGCAAAGCCUCCGACGCUAUCACAGCCGGAAGGUGCAGCCCUUAGCAUUCCGAGAAGGAGACCUAGUACUCCGGCUGAUC